AUGCAUGUACGCGCCAUUACCCGCGCUGACAUACCCAAUGUCACAGAUGUCAGCGAUGCCGCCUUCAUCAACGCCGAGCUGAACGUAUGGCUCUAUCCCCACCGACAGGAAUACCCCGAAUGCUGGCGUUCUCGCAUCAACCGUAUGCUUCACUCGUCCUUGGUGAAACCAGGGGUUUACGGCUUCGUGUGCGUUACAGAUGAUGAGGACCCAGCCGACUGGCCGCGAGACCAAAUCAUUGGCUACUCCUGGUGGGAGUAUAAUGGACCUGCAGAUGAUCCUCUCUCUUCCAAGUGGCGACAGAACAACAGCGGCAUUUCCAAUGCGGUAGAGCGGACCCUGAUGGAUUGGCACUCUCGAUACGUCAACUUCUUCCAACUGGACAAGUCUGUGUCGAGGGAACGCCAAGCUGCGUUUUAUAGAGAGGGCGCCGAAAGAGGGAACCCCUUUGCGCCUCUCAAGAGUUUCUGGAAUUUGAUUGUGCUCGGCGUGCAUCCCGAUUGGCAAGGCAGAGGUGCGGGCAAAAAGUUGAUGCGGUGGGGCCUUGACCGCUCCGCGGAAGACAAGGUCCCCAUCAUUUUGAUCGCGAGCACCCCAGGCCAGCGAAUGUACACUCGAAUGGGAUUCGACAUCGUCGACUGGGCUACGACUGAAUCUCUUUCGUCGGCCGAAGGAGGUGCCAUAAUGAUUCUGGAUACCAAUAGGAAAUACACACGAGAGGCUACGCCUGAAGAGAGCGAGAGAGACUUUUUCGGCAUGAGGAGAAAGAUAGACGCCGUCUACAUUUAG